GUGGCUCUGUAAGUAUUUCCCUUCUUAAAAUUGUGGCGAUAGCCUUUCGUUUAUCCUUGUCGCUUUCUUUCUCUUGCCCCUCUCUCUCUUUUUCUUUCAUGCAAAUGAUAAUGGAUCCUCUCUCAUCCUUUUCUCUCUAAAAUAAAGGGGCUAUAGAAAAGGAAAAAGAAAAAAAAAAGGAAGGAAAGUAGAUAAAAGGAAUCAUCUUCUCUUUUCUUUUCUGCUGUUGCAUUUCUUGCUGUUUGUCAGAGGCAGCAAGAGGAGAAGUAUUUAGAGGAACCUCAAAAUUUUAGCUAUAAAAGCAAAAAAAAAGAAGAAAAAGAAAAGGAAAGUGUUUUUGCUAAUUUAAAGAUAAAAGAUUUAGAGAAUGAUGAAUUGUCCCUCCAAUCUUGAGCCAGACUACUCUGAAUUUGUUGAAGUUGAUCCAACUGGAAGAUAUGGCAGAUACAAUGAAAUUCUUGGCAAAGGAGCUUCGAAGACAGUGUAUGCAGUCCAAAGUUCUGCUCCUUCUUUUUAAUAUUGAAUUUCUUGGAUACCAUUGUAGAUUCUUUCUUUUCGUUACUUUGUUGGUGUUCUUGUUCCAAUUUGACGCAUGCCCAUUUGGUGUUCUUUUGCCAAAUCUGGCAUCUUUCUUUGGAUCUUUUUAUGAGUUUUGGGAAAAAUGGUUGCUUAUUAAUUUGUGAGUGUUAAUUGGAUGUUUGAAUUUUGAGGCAGUUAUAGAGCAUUUGAUGAGUAUGAAGGAAUUGAAGUUGCUUGGAACCAGGUCAAGCUCUAUGAUUUCUUGCAAAGCCCCGAAGAUCUUGAAAGACUCUACUGUACCGGCUAAAGCACAAGAGAGUUAACAUUAGAGCUGUGAAGCAUUGGUGUAGGCAGAUCUUGAGAGGACUUCUCUAUCUCCAUAGCCAUGACCCUCCUGUGAUCCAUAGAGAUCUAAAAUGUGAUAACAUUUUUGUCAAUGGAAAUCAAGGGGAAGUGAAGAUUGGAGAUCUCGGCCUUGCUGCAAUCCUUCGAAAAUCGCAUGCUGCUCAUUGUGUUGGUACACCAGAGUUUAUGGCCCCAGAAGUGUAUGAAGAGGCAUAUAAUGAGUUGGUCGAUGUUUAUUCGUUUGGGAUGUGCAUUCUAGAAAUGGUCACUUUUGAAUAUCCAUAUAGUGAAUGUACUCAUCCUGCACAAAUUUACAAGAAAGUAAUCUCUGGCAGAAAACCUGAUGCUUUAUACAAAGUAAAGGAUCCAGAAGUUAGACAAUUUGUGGAGAAAUGCUUGGCAACAGUGUCACUUAGGCUCUCAGCUAGGGAGUUGUUGAAUGACCCUUUUCUCCAAAUGGAUGAUUGUGAAUCUAAUAUUAAAUCUAUUGACUAUGGGGAAGAAUUUGAUGGAAUGGGUCCUCUGAUAAGGCAGCCUUACUAUGAAUUUCAUGAUGAUACUUAUCCCUACAGUAAUGGAUACUCAAAUGGCUAUGGCUAUGAAGCUCAAAAUGAGUUCGAAUAUUAUCCAGUUGAGUUUGAGCAAAGUGGAAUUGAACUCUUUGAGCAUCAUGAUGAUGAACAUUCUCCAAAUCUUGACAUAAGUAUAAAAGGGAAAAGGAGAGACGAUGGUGGAAUCUUUCUGAGACUCCGGAUAGCUGAUAAAGAUGGUCGAAUUCGAAAUAUUUAUUUUCCAUUUGACAUUGAAACUGAUACGGCGCUGACUGUGGCUACUGAAAUGGUUGCUGAACUAGAUAUUACCGAUCAAGAUGUGACUAAAAUUGCAGAGAUGAUUGAUGAGGAGAUUGCAUCCUUGGUACCUGAAUGGCGGCGAGGGCCAGGCAUAGAGGAAACUCCUCGCUUUGCAAAUCUAACCCUCUGUCACAAUUGUGCUUCUGCUCGAACCUCCAAUGGUUCACUUAUGGAUUUUAUAUCAAAUAAUCCAUGUUGUAGAAAUGGAUGUGCUUCUAUGCAUGGCCGAUUUGAAGAGAUCACAUUUCAGGCUGCUGAUGAAUCUGAGCAUCAUUUGACUGAAGUUGCUCCAAAUGCUUUGAGCCAUUCAGACUGCGUGGACUAUCAACGAAUUUGGGCUCAACACGAAAGUCGUGAAGUUACUCCGAUGGGCUCUGGAAGAAGCCAUUCAGAUGAAGAAUAUGAGAAGUUUGAUCAAUCAAUCUCCACAAAGGAUGAGAAUGAUGUAAAGAUGGAAAAUGGGAGUCAAUCUGGUUCGAGAAAUUCAAUUCCAUACUUAAAAGGUUCUGGAUCUUUUUAUAGACUUCCUUCAGUGUGUAGUGACCUCCAAGAUAGCAAUGAGAACAAAAUGCAGCAAGAAUUAAGAUGGCUUAAAGCCAAGUACCAGAUUGAAUUGAGUAAACUUAGAGAUCAACAAUUAGAUUUUGCAUCAAGAUCUUCAACUUCUAUCAAUACAGAUUGCAAAAUACGCAAUGGGGUUUCUUCAUCUACAAUAAUGAAUUCAUUUCAAGAAAAUAGAAACGAAGAUCUCUUGAAAUCUUUUGCCCACGAGAAGCUGUAUCGUCCAAAUUUACACACUGAUGUGAAUAAGAGCUGCCCCAAUUUGGAUACUCGAAGGGACCAAAAUUGCGAGGCGAAGAAGGAAUCCCCAAGAGCAGGAACCAUGGUCACUGCCAAGAAUUUCUGCACUGGUUCAUUGCUGCCACACUCGCUUCACAGGACAACAUCCCUUCCAGUUGAUGCUGUUGAUGUAUAAUAUGUGUAAGAAUACAUUCUCUUUUUCUUUCAUUCUUUUAUAAGUUCAUUAUACUCAUUAUAGAGACUUUAUAUCA